AUGGGUCGCAUCGUUGUCACCGGUGGCUCCGGCAAAGCUGGCCAAUUCGUUAUCUCCGAGCUCCUCAAAAGUGGCCAUAUCAUCCUGAACCUCGACCUCAGCCCCAUGGACCAUCCCGAAGUCUACACGUUGAAAACUGACCUCGCCGACAGCGGCCAGGUCUUCAACGCCCUGUCCGGCCAAUGGUCCCUCCGCGAACCCUUCCCGGAAGGUCUCCCGCCCCGCCCCGACGCCGUCGUCCACCUCGCCGGCUACGCGCGCAACAUGCUCGUCCCAGAUAACGAGACCUUCCGCUCCAACACCCAAGGCACCUACAACGUCAUCGAAGCCGCAUGCAAAUUAGGGAUUCGCAAGAUCGUCAUCGCAUCCAGCGUCACCGUCUACGGCGUCUCUUUCGCGCAAGGCGAUGCCAAUUUCCCUUCUUUUCCCAUUCAUGAAGAUCUGGAUGUUAAUCCGACUGAUACUUAUGCCAUUGCGAAACUCUGUAACGAGCGCAUUGCGCGCGGCUUCGCUUCCCGCUUCGAUGCGGAUAUCUACAGUCUCCGCAUUGCUCGCGUCAUCGAGCCGGAAGAGUACGAUGGGGAGAUCUUCUACAGCUAUGUUCAUGAGCCACUGCUGUGGAAGGUGCAUGGGUGGUCUUAUAUCGAUGCGAGGGACUUGGGGAGUAUGUGUGAGGCUGCGUUGCGGACGGAUGGGUUGGGGUUUCAGGUGUUCAACGCUACCAAUGAUCAUAUUACCAAUCUGAGUCCGACAAGGGAGUUUCUGAGUUCGCAGUUUCCACAUAUUCCCAUCACUCGGGAUCUGGAGGAGUUCGAAGCGCCUUUCUCUAAUGCGAAGAUCAAGUCUUUGCUUGGGUUUCAGGAGAAACAUCCUUGCAAGAAGUACUUUAGUAAGUGGGAGAAGAAGCAGCAGGAGGAAGAACAGCAGAUGGAAGUAUAG